CCCGGGGGGUGGUGGUACUGCAGGGAGGGUGCUCAGCAGGGAGGGUUUGGUGCAAAGCCAAGUGUGUGGUGUUAGGAUUUGCUGUCCUCUGCUGGGAACUGCUGGGAAGCUUUCUUGUCACAGCGUUAUUGGGAGCUGCUGGCUUUGACACCUCCCUGAGCAGCUGAAAAACUGAACUCGGGGGGGGGGGGGGGGAAACAGCAAAGAUGCAUUUCUGCCCUGAUUAAUUCUGCCAAAAUCUGUAGUGAUUUGGCUUCCAGCUGAACGUGAUUGCAGAAGAAGAGCCCUCUGACCCUUCCAAUGCUGGUCUUGCCGAUCUCUGCCAGCCAAGGCAGGGACACAGCUCUGCCUGCCCGGUGUCAUCCCCGACUUGAGCCGUUCAUUACACCUGCGCUGGGGAGAAGCCGGUGGGCUCGCCGGGCUAACUCCUAGCCGUGCCUCAUGGCGAGGGUGAAAGUACCGCUGUUGGUGCUGGGCACGAGCUCCGUCCCCCCGGCUCCCUGUGCUGAGUGGUGGGGUUGGGUGCUCUGUAGGCCUGCAGCUGGGAGGGCAGGUAAAGAACACGCACCCUCAGGUGAGGAAAUCUGCCUUGAAUUCUGCAGAGGCUCUUGGACUACGGUGGUCCGAGUCCCCUCCUCUUACUUCCCUGGCUCCUCAGAAGACUUUACAGGGAGCUGUCCCCUCUGCCGACACCUGCUGAAGUCCUGAAACGGAGACAACUCUUCACUGCCCUCCUAAGCUACCCGAUGCCAUCUUCAGGGCUGAAGCUGCCCGGUGUGGCUGUUCCAGCACUUCCUUUGCUUUUCCCGGCUGAAUGCACUGAGGAAGUCUCCAUCGCACCUCCCGAAGGAUGCGUCUGCUCUUGGCACGCAUAGUUUGGAGUGACUGGAGGGACCUCGGUGGCCAAGAGCAGGGAGAUUGCCCGAUGGUAUCGGGGAGGGUGAUGAGAACUGUUGAUAGCCCAGACUGCCGGAGGAUGCACCACAGCCGAUCUCUUGUGGCUGACAAGCGGAGAAAGCUGUGCAAGAGACUUCCAAGAUCUGCAGCAAGGAACUGAUAACCCCUCCUCAGCACUGAACUGAAGGGAAAGCCACACGGAGCGGGAUAUUCCCACCUCUCCUGAAUGCAAUCAGCCCUAACCCCAGCAAAACGCACCGUUUCAUUGGGGUGUUACAGGAGACAUUUCCCUGUUUAUGAAAUCCGGCCUCCGAGUGACGGCCCUGGAGGUCACGGUAAUGUUGUUUUACAGCUUUAUGGUACCUGCCCCUCCCUGUCUCGGGUCCUCCGAGAGCCUCAAGGAAGGAGCGGUGGCUGGAGCCUGGCAGUCGGGGACUGUGGCGGGGUGAAUCACGCGUCCCUUUGGAGAAGGAAGCAGGGAAAUGCGUCUGCGCAAGGCUGGCGGACGCGUGCAAAGUGCGAAUGCCCGCGUUCACUUGGGCUCGGUUGCCCUGUGCAGCCAAAAGCCGUGGGACUGAACACACCGGUCAAUGCCCUUCUGUUUCCCCAGGAGGCAAGAUAAGGAUUUACAAAGUGGGGGGAACUGCUCUGGAAACCCCAGCGCCAUUUGGCAAGGGAAAACCCUUUUUUUUUUUUCCUCUUGGAGGGGUGAAGGAAGGGCUGAGGCACUGCUGUGCAAUGGGGUGCACUGAGCCCCCCCAGAAAACACCACUGAGAAUCCCAAAUUGCAGCUCUUUCUCCCUCCCCACUUCUCACCUGGUAAAACCUGGGGCCUGAUCAAGGAGCCUCCAGAAGCAGAGGAAGUGUUGCAGGGUCGCCCUGUCCAGCUGCAAACAGUCAGUGUGACCAGAGGGAACAACAUGCCCCAUCUCCAGCAAUGGCUGUGGUACCAUCUUUUUGUGAGCUUUAUAAAAGACUCUCACUUUCAGCCAGACCUGCUUUUACACAGAAGCAUGUGCAGAGCGUCAAAGAUGGAGAAUUAAUUCCAGCAGCCUGCGUUUUCAGCGCGUGGCAUGCCCUGUCUUUGCUCCGGAAUACAGCGAAGGCGGCUGAUAUCUUAAGAGAUGACAAUCUCCAAGCAGAUGGCAAAGCAGAAAUUGUUUUAUUCCCUUACCUCCAUGCGUUAGGGGAUGGCAGAGGUAGAACUGGUCCUGAGCUUUACCCAUUUGUGGUUCUCGCAGCCUUGUUAGCUCCAGCUUGUUUCUGCAGGUUCAAGGGAAUGAAGCCGAGCCGCUAAUGCUUUGCUCGGUAUCCCAAAGAGCACGGGCCAUGUUCUGCUGCCCGGAGCCACUCAGGGUAACAUCUGUGUGUGCAGAGCUCCACUGGGUCUCUCAAGGGGCCUUUCUUUGUGAGCUCCAGAAUUGGCUCCUCUCUAGGAGAAGACCUUUGGUAUUGCAAAAUUUGUUAAAACAUAACUGCCAGUGUCAGAACUGGGUUUUAUUUGUCUGCUGCAGUUCAGCCAUAGACAAGAAGACGGGGGAGAAAGUGGCUAUCAAGAAGCUCUGCCGCCCGUUCCAGUCGGAGAUCUUUGCCAAGAGAGCAUACAGAGAGCUCAUGUUGUUGAAGCACAUGCAACAUGAGAACGUCAUCGGGCUGCUUGAUGUCUUCACCUCUGCCACCUCCUACCAGGGAUUCCAGGACUUCUACCUGGUGAUGCCAUACAUGCGGACUGAUUUACAAAAGAUCAUGGGACAUGAAUUCAGUGAUGAAAAGAUCCAGUACCUGGUCUACCAAAUGCUGAAAGGGCUGAAGUAUAUUCACUCAGCCGGAAUCAUCCACAGGGACCUGAAGCCAGGCAACCUGGCCGUGAACGAAGACUGCCAGCUAAAGAUCUUGGAUUUUGGCUUGGCCAGACACGCUGAUGCUGAAAUGACCGGCUACGUGGUUACGCGCUGGUACAGAGCCCCAGAAGUCAUUCUGAACUGGAUGCAUUACAACCAGACAGUGGAUAUCUGGUCUAUUGGCUGCAUCAUGGCAGAAAUGCUGACAGGGAAAACGCUGUUUAAAGGAAAAGACUACCUAGAUCAACUGACUCAGAUCCUGAAAGUAACGGGGCAUCCAGGAGAAGACUUCGUGGAGAAGCUGGAGGACAAAGCGGCUAAGAGUUAUAUCAAGUCUCUUCCUAAAAUCCCCAAGAAGGAUUUGUCUGUGCUCUUCCCCAAAGCCAAUCCGCAGGCAGUGGACCUGCUUGACAAGAUGUUGCAGCUGGAUGUGGAAAAGCGCCUUACAGCGACGGAGGCGUUGGCUCACCCCUAUUUUGACCAGUUCCGAGACGUCGAGGAGGAGACAGAAGCGCAACAGUCCUACGAUGAUUCUCUGGAACAUGAGAAGCUUUCGAUAGAUGAAUGGCGAAAGCAUAUUUACAAGGAGAUCUUGUCCUUCAGUCCCGUUGCACGGAAGGACUCAAAGAAGCGAAGCGGGAUGUCAUUGUAGCGACCGGUGCGGCUGGAGCUGGGAUUCACCUCUCCUGGAAUAUGGAUUGUAUUGACUCUGCGCUGCCUUGCUGGUGGCCGUCGUUUGGCCUGUGGGACUUCUCUGGGUGAAAACACAAGGAUGACGCCGUGCUGUGGGCAUUGGACUUUGUUCUGCCGAAGGGGGAAGCACCCCAAACAGUUUUCAACACAAAAGAUAAAUAUAUUCUCAUGGAAUCUUUAAGUGGGAGAACUUUACCUGGUGUUUUGUUUUGGGUUUUUUGGGGUGGUUUUUUCGUAUUUGUCCACUUGAGAGAGCAGGGGUUUCAUUGCUCCCUUCUCAUUGCUCUUUCCAAGUACAGGUUUUAAUACAUUAAUUAUGGAUAAGGUAAAGAGAAAGGGAAAAUUGUCCAGGAGGUGAGUCCCCAGCAAAAUAACCAGAAAUAGUGAAAUUCAGCAUAACAAGAUUUUAUCCAAUCUAACUCUGAGUGCUCCCCCUUUCCCUGAGCAGUCAAACAGCAUCCAGCACAGUGAGGUCACUGGGAUGGUGUUGGCUCUGGGACAUCAUGGGAAUUCAGUCGAUCCCAGCAUCAGUCUGUGUCCAGAGCAGCUC